CGUGCGCGCAGCGGCACUCGGCAGUAGCGCGACCAGCCCCGACCGGCUCACACGAUGAUCGCGCUCGCGCUUGCUGCCGCCUUCCUGAGCGCGCUGGCCGGCCAGCUCGGCGCCGGUGCUAGCCUGCAUUGUGCCAUGAGGCGCGAGAUUUCCCCUUGUACUUGCCGACGCGAAGACGUUGGCACCGGUGCUAUCCUCGUUAUAUGUCAACGCAUCAACACCUACGAAGACAUCGCACGCGCCCUUACCAACAAGUUCAGCCCCGAAACAAAAAUCGGUCUCGACAUCUCCUACUCUCAGCUCCCAGAUUUCGCCGAUCACAGCUUCCGCGAGCUGGGUCUCUCCAUUACGAGGCUCAAACUCAACUUCGACAACUUAAGUGAACUGAAGGAGAGCGUCUUCACGAAGCUGGACUUGGUAGACUACUUCAGCUUGUCGGACAACUCUCUGAUGGAAAUGCCGCGACACGUGCUUCGACAUCUCCCACACGUCAAGACGCUCGACCUCUGCAGAAAUAAAAUCACCAAAUUGACUGAAGAAGAUUUCAAAGAUAUCCAAGAAGUAGAGCAUCUACUCGUGGCAGACAAUCAAAUAUCUAAAAUUGAAAGACACGCAGUACCGAAGGCUCUCAAACAUGUUCACUUAGGAAUUAAUAAAUUAAACACCUUGAAUGGAGCACUACGAGAUCUCGAUGAUUUAGAAUGGAUUUUCAUAAACGCCAAUCAUUUAAAAACAAUUGACAAUGAGCUACCAGUGAAAGCUAAGAAGAUUGCCCUUAUCCACGCUGCACAUAAUGAAUUACAAAGUCUACCGAAAGACUUAAGACAAAUGCCUUCUCUAGAAUCAUUAUACUUCUAUGACAAUAAUAUUAAAACACUGGAUGGCGCGUUGCAGAAGUCUAGAAAGCUAGUGAGAAUAGGUCUAUCUUUUAAUAAAAUAGAAACGUUGGCCGAAGAUGAGUUUUCGGAAACAGAAAUUUUAGCUGAUUUAGAUAUUGCUUAUAAUCAAUUAAGAUCUCUGAACGGUUCUUUAAGAAGUCUUAAAUCACUGCGCUACUUAAACUUAACUCAUAACAGCUUAACUGAAUUCUCUUUACAAGAAAUCAAAGGUCUGAAAAGAUUAUCUGUGAUAGAUCUUUCACACAAUAAAAUAAGUCGAAUUACAGGCAACAUGGAGAAUCUUGUUGAUGUUGAAACACGAGUGCUAGAGUUACGAUUAGACCACAACUAUAUCCUUAAUUUGGGUGGGGCGUUAAUGGGUCUACAUGGUCUUCUGCGUCUUAAUUUAAGCCACAACCAGAUACAACAAAUAUCACCGGAUGAUUUGAUCGGCUUAGAGGACUUGAGGUUACUUGACGUAUCUCACAAUCAUAUAACAUCAUUGGAAGAAACUUCAAAGACAUUUUUACCUUCUCUGGAGGAACUUAUUGCUCAUCAUAAUAAUAUAACUAUUCUGGAUAAAGAUUUUCAUGGACUGCCGUCACUUUGUAUCGCUGACCUGUCCUAUAAUAAGAUUCAAUCUGUGAAUUACGAAGUUGUUUCGAAGUCAAGAUGUACUAUCAAUGGAGUACCCAGUAUUUUGAAGAUUUAUCUUCAAGAUAACCCCGUGUUAUGCGAAGAGCGCUUAUAUGAGCUCGUAGCGAUACUGGAGAGCUUGAACACGCGCGUCAGUGGCGUGUCCACGUGUGUGGCCACUCAAACGUCGGCGCCUGUUCUUAUGAGGGCGCUCAAUGACAUCGUACCCGACACACCUGUCAUAGUUGUUACGCAUACGGGUGUGGGAAUGCUAGAAGGACGUGAAAUUCAACCAUCUCAGUUGGCAUAUCAACGCGUCGGUGCCUUGAUUGGGCACGUUUUACCAGAACGUGAGGGUGGUCUGCCAGUACUGGUGGAGCCGCCAGUUACGUUGCCUCCGGCCAGCACCAACGUAGUAGUGAAGUGGCCGGACGAACGAAGAGAGAAAUCUCAUCCCCUUGCAGAUCAUCUCCGCCUACGUGAUCUUAACUCCUCACCGCAGUGAAUGUGUUACAGCACCGGCGCCGCCGCUAAACGACGCCAUCGAACUGAGUGCUUCGCCUUAGAAAAUAUGCUGCCUUUGACUUACGAUAGGUCAGAGUGUGUUCUGAUUUGGUUGGAUGCUUGGAAUAUUCUCAUUGUAAACCUUCGUGAUGUAUAUAGGAGUUAUAGUUACCGAUGCAUCCAUAUUUCUUUAUAUUAUUCGAUAUCUUCUAACACGCCAAGCGAUGCACGUGCCAUACGAAACUACAUUUAUAAGCAUAGAGUAGAAACUGUUGUAUGUGUUUUGAUUACCGUCAUAGUAUGACGGUUUGAGUGAUUGUGUAUUCGGCGUAGACGCUGCGUAUUAGGACAAUUGUUUUUAAUGAAACAUUGGCAUAUCGAAGUUCAAUUAACACGUAGAAGUGUCGCACUCUUGGACUAUACUAAUAACACAAGUGUAUAAACCCUGAAUUUGUACCUAAAAUAAUUUAUGUAACGUAAUAUUAUUAAUUAUAAAUAUUAUAGGUGUUAGUGUAAUUUAUAUUGGCGAUUAACCUAACAUAGGAGCAAUAUGUUUACACCAGGGAGUAACAAAUAAAAUCUUUGUUAACCACGAAACAUAUUCAAUAAAUGUGCUUUAAAAACCUUCCCUUAUUAUUGUAUACAAAUAUUUCGAUUAGGUCUUUUCAUAACGAUCGCUCAGUUAGCUCAGAGAGGUCGAUGUACUUGUAGUUUUAUUCGCCAUUAUACGGAAAUAAAAUAAUGAUUGUA